UUUUCAUAUUAGAAAAACGAGGGUUCUUCAAUGGGUAACGGGGAUGUUUAUUCUACUCUUGCUAAUAGGACACUGGAUACAUUGAGAUUAAAUAAAGGGAGGGUCUGAGAAGGAGUACGAAAACAAAAACUCUUAGAUGGGAACAUCUGUAGGGCCGAUGAUUUGUGGAUUUGGUCUCAACGGAAAAAGCGGGAGGGAGUGUGACAGAGAUGACGAAGGAGUUGGUUUACUGCUGUGGCACCAGCGCUUCUCAUUAUUGAUUGGAUAUAAAGAUUGUAGAUAUUCCUCAGAUAUCUGGAUUCUGACACUCAACUCAACGUCUUCAAGCCUUGUCGUGAUAAAGCACUUUAGGUGCACAUUUUUGCAAGUAAUAUGUUAUUUCCUGCUCUGCUGGCGCUGUCUUCAGUGGUAGGUUCAAAAGAGUGCCCUCACCACGAACACUCGGAUUUAGUGGACUGUCGAGCGCGCGGGUUCCUCCAAGUGCCCCAUGGCCUGUCCCAUGGCACCUGGCUGCUGGACCUGGGUGGCAACUUGAUGAUGGAAGUGCCUUUGCGGGACUUUGGUCACUGCGUGUCCUGGUGCUGUCUGAUAGUGUAAUCCAGCUGCUGCAGCCCGAGUUAACACAUGCGAAACCCAUAUAAUGUCAUAUACUCAUAGGGGACCUACUGUGUACAUUUUUGUUCUAGCCCAACACUAGUAAUGGAUUGAGAAACACUGUGAUAGCCUAUGCAUUAGUGGCAUAGUUUAGCAUAAGGAUUUGAUGGUGGAUAUGAGGGUUUGAUGCCAAUGAUUACUUUUUCAUGUUCAUAAUUUAUUGUACCCUCCUCCGCUCCCAGGCCUUCUACUCCCUCUCAUUUCUGGAGAAGCUGGACAUGAGCCUUAACAAGCUGCUCCGGCUACCGCCGGACUUCUCCCACAGUCUGUCCUCAGUCCGGGAGCUCCGGCUGGAACACAGCACCCUUGAGCGGCUGGAAGUCUCCAGCCUGGAGCACCUGGAGAGCCUGGAGAAGCUGGAUCUCAGCCACAACCAUAUCACCUUCCUCCAGCCAGGAGCCUGUCUCGACUGCGCCACCUCUACCUCCAUGCCAACCAGCUGGGAGCUGUGCGCCAUGGUUCCCUGUCCAUGCUGCCCGUCCUGAAGGCCCUGCAGCUGGGCCAGAACAACAUCACUCACAUCGACACGGAGGCUCUGGCUCCCCUGCACAGCCUCACCCUGCUGGGCCUGGAGGGAAACCAGCUGCAGCACCUUAAGUUCAAGACCUUCCUGAGCCUCCACACGGCCGGCACCCACCUGCAGCUAGCUGGCAACCCAUGGAACUGCGACUGCGACCUGCACCGGGUCUUCAGCAAGCUGCUGAGUGUACUCCACUUGCACGUUGAUGACUACCACAACGUGACAUGCCACAAGCCUCUGCAGCUGGCGGGUGCCUCGCUGGCGUGGGUGGACAGUCAGUUGUGCAUGGCAGAGAUGGCCACCGUGCUGGUCAUCACUGUGACGGUGCUGGUUACCGUGUUGGCAGCUGUGGUUAUGGCUGAGCACACCCGCAAGAAGAACCAACAUGCCAAGAGCUGGGACGCUGAGUCGCAGUCCCAGGAAAGGUGACUGUCAUGGGGGAGGGACACUGAGUGAGUGUGUAAUCAGUUCGGUAGAUGCAUUUUCCCUCACUGAUCUAGGAUCAUAUUUCACACCAUGCUUCCUGGGUUUUUAUUUUUGAAGAUUUCCCAUCUGCAGCAAACUGACUGUGAGGGUUCAUAACACACCUCAGGCUCAGAAUGCUCUUUAACAUUCAGUUGAACUUGUUGGAGGCAUUCAUUCUCUCUUCUACUUCAUCAUGGUCAUAAUGCAUGACCCAAUCUGGUUCCAAGAGUCUGAGAAACAAUAUUUUAGUGUAUGAGCAGUUUUGUAUGAUGUAUCUAGAAGUCUGUGACUUGUGUAACUGGAGGACGUGGACAUUAUUUUUCAGUGUAUCAUUUAAGACCUACCUGAAGUGUUUGACUGCUUACAAUUUAUCCUGUUAAUUUAUUUCUUGAAACACCAGUACAGUGUUUGUCUUUUUCUGUUCAACAUUUUCUCUUCAAUGUCUAUUCCAUUUCUGCACACUGUUGAGAAAAAACGAGUCAUGUUUCAAAUAUAGGACCUAUUACAGUAGUUAUUUUUGUUUUCAUGAAUGAUGAUGAUGAUUAUCUUCGAACACAUGGAUAUGUUUGAUAGGGAAUUUAUUGUAUACAGAUGGUAAUAAAGUAUGAUUCUUUUUUUUU